CGGACAGCAGAAGCCGCUUCAGUCUCUCCGUCUGUGUCCGCUGCUAGCUUAGAGCCUCUCGGUCUCUGUUUACACGCACUUUUAACUUCUUAACUUCUCUUUUAUUUAUCUGAACGCCAGGAAAUCAAAAUGCUUUCUGCUCGCUCUCCUCUUUCCGUCAAGAAUGAAAACGCCCUCAGCGGUCAGAUCGCCGACAUGUCGCUGGACAAAGAGAACACGCCACCGAGCCGGAACGCGACCCGCAUCCUGGCGUCUAAAACGGCGCGCAAAAUCUUCGACGGCCCUGCGCCCAAAGCCGUGAAGAAGAGCGGCGGCGAGGAGGAGGAGCCGCUGCUGAAGGAAAACCCCCGUCGCUUCGUCGUCUUCCCCAUCCAGUACCACGACAUCUGGCAGAUGUACAAGAAGGCCGAGGCCUCCUUCUGGACCGCGGAGGAGGUGGAUCUGUCCAAGGACCUGCAGCACUGGGAGUCUCUGAAGGACGAGGAGAGGUUCUUCAUCUCGCACGUGUUGGCGUUCUUCGCCGCCAGCGACGGCAUCGUCAACGAGAACCUGGUGGAGCGCUUCACACAGGAAGUGCAGGUGACGGAGGCGAGGUGUUUCUAUGGUUUCCAGAUCGCCAUGGAGAACAUCCACUCCGAGAUGUACAGCCUCCUCAUCAACACAUACAUCAAGGAGCCCGCGGAGAGAGAAUACCUCUUCAACGCCAUCGAGACUCUGCCGUGUGUGAAGAAGAAGGCCGACUGGGCGAUGGACUGGAUCGGCAACAAGGACGCCAGCUACGGAGAGCGCGUGGUGGCCUUCGCCGCCGUGGAGGGGAUCUUCUUCUCCGGAUCCUUCGCCGCGAUCUUCUGGCUGAAGAAGAGAGGCCUGAUGCCCGGCCUGACCUUCUCCAACGAGCUCAUCAGCAGAGACGAGGGUCUGCACUGUGACUUCGCCUGUCUGAUGUUCAAACACCUGGUGAACAAGCCGUCGACAGAAACCGUCACCAGCAUCAUCAAGAACGCCGUGGAGAUCGAGCAGGAGUUCCUGACGGAGGCUCUGCCGGUGAAGCUCAUCGGGAUGAACUGCGAGCUGAUGAAGCGCUACAUCGAGUUCGUAGCGGACAGACUGAUGCUGGAGCUCGGCUUCACAAAGAUCUACCGGGUGGAGAACCCCCGACUUCAUGGAGAACAUCUCUCUGGAGGGAAGACCAACUUCUUUGAGAAGCGCGUGGGCGAGUACCAGAGGAUGGGCGUGAUGUCCGGCGCCACAGACAACACCUUCAGGCUGGACGCAGACUUCUGAGGCCGACCCUCGCUCGGACUCGGGACUCGGUGCUCGGACUCGGCGCUGCAGCUGAUGUCAAGUUAAAAACAGGAGAAACAUUUGUGACUCUCAGAGUCGACCUGAUGUAAUUGCGUUCCUGCGAUAGACUCUACCUCUCGCCCAGUGCAUGCUGGGAUUGGCUUCAGUCCCCUGAAACCUUCAUUACAUGAACAGAUGGACCGUUUGUACAGAACAGUUUUAUGGUGCAGCUCGUUUUUUGUAAAUAAACUUGUUUUAUCUGCGUUUUGUAAUAAACUGUAAACUCCAGAUUUAUAUAUUAGUGCUUAGAUCAGCGUGGCAUGUGUACAUUUUUAGAAAUGAACUUUUUUUUGUUGUCCUUUUUAUUAAAGCUAUAUAAACAGAAA